UGUGGCUCUCGCUCGCUCGCUCAUUCUUUUUCGUCAGUGCGCUGGGCCCGAGCUAUCGCGGCGGGCGCUAAGACUAUACUCUCGUCUACUUGGACAGCUUUUUUCGCUACACGACCCUGAGUGCGCUCUCUAUCGAAUCUCGCUACAGAUUGAAUUUACUUUUCAGCCUACCUGCUGGAUACUUGGCCCGAUCUGAUCGAUCGACUUGAUAACUUUCUCAAUUGUUGAUUCAAUAGUUUUGAUAUUAUGGCAGGACGUUACGAUGACAUGAGAGACUACGGUGGACGCGGAAGCAGUCGUCCAAUGCCUACCGAGCCACCAUAUACGGCUUACGUCGGCAAUCUACCCAUGGGUAUCGUCCAAGGUGAUAUUGACAAAAUCUUCUCCGCACAAAAAGUUAAAGGCAUAAGGCUUGUGAAGGAUCGCGAGACCGACAGGUUCAAGGGAUUCUGCUAUGUCGAGUUCCAAGAUAUAAAUAGCUUGGAAGAUGCUGUCAAGAUGAAUGGCUUCGUCGAAGUUGAAGGAAAUGUAUUGAAAAUUGACGUCGCCGAAGGCAAAAGAAAUGAUAGAGGAGGUGGAUUCGAUAGACGAGGUGGUGGACGAUCUGGCAGUGGCCCUGGUAAUGGUUUCAAUAGGGGUAGGGAUGGCCCAAGGGGAUACGGAGAUGACUAUGGUAGCACAUUCAUGUCUUCGAGAGGUUAUGAUCGAGGAAUGGGUGGCGGACGACAAGGUGGCGGCGGUGGUUACGGUGGCGAUCGGGGUAACCGUGGUAAUUACGGUGAUCGCAGCGGCGGCUACAAUAAUGACGGUGGUCCUCGAGGUGGUGGGUUCAAUAGCGAUGGUGGUAACCGUGAGUGGAACCACCGCAGUGGACCUGAAGGAGGUUCGAGGUACGGCAGUGGCAGAAGGCCUGGUGGCAACGAUAGGCCGGCAGAAAGGAAAUACCCAGAGGAGCCAUACAUGAAGGAAGGUCCCCCAGAUACAACUGGUCGAAAACGACUGCAAUUGCAACCCAGAUCAGUGACUGAUCCCAUAAACGCGUUAGCUGAAACAGCAACCCGUAGCUCGAUAUUCGGAGGUGCUAAGCCUCGCGAAGAAAACAUCAAGGAUGAAUCGUCUAAGUAGGCCUCGUCUUCGCCUCCGCCACAAUCUCGUUUAUCGCCUGUGAACUUUUUACCUGGUACUAAAAUUCGGGGAAAAACUUCGAGUGCGUCAACGAAAUCAACUGUACCAUCUCAAUUAUCUUCCUCAUCAGUAACCAAUUCAUUUUGGAUAAAGCGACAACAACAGCCAUUUGAUGUAAAAGAUAUAUCGACUUCAAGAUGGUAGGCGGGGGUAAAAUAUAUUCAAUGCGUCGCGUAACAUCACGGAAUUACAACAGCAAUAUCUUUAUUCAUCCUCAUUGUGUGUCUUUAAGUAUCUGUUAGCUCGGAAUUAAUGCAAUGGCGAAUCAAAUCUUGUGAUAACAUUUUUUUCAUAUUUGAUUCCGCGUAAAAGAUGUUAUUUUGUUCCUCAAAAAAAAAAAAAAAAGAAAAAGAAAAGAGAGCUCAGUUUUAUUUGUUCAUUAACUUGCACGUUGAAUUAUUUGUCAAAUGGAAAUGUAAGAAUACGAAUGAUGUUUUUCUAUUGAAUCUUUGUUUUUUUUAUAACUUCAUAGAGCAUUGACCAGAAUCCCAGUAUAAUUGAGGAUUGGAUGUCGUAUGAAAGUGUAUAUAUGUGUUUGAACAAUUUUUAAUAGGUGAAAUUAUAAAACUCCCUUAAAAUGAAAUGUCGUUUUACUUGUAAUUAUUUUUUGAAACCUUAUAUCAGUGCGUAGGUAUAGCUAAAAAUCAAAUUCAAUAGUUGUCAAUGCUCUAACUAUAUCGAGUACAGAAUGAGAAUCUUUUGUUGUAACAAUUUGUUAUCACAUUUUACUUGUGUGGAAUCAAUUUUUUCAUCUGUUUAUUCUACCCCUCACAGUAGAUUGUGAAAAUUCAGAAUUCGCAUUUGACGACGAUAACUGAAAUAACAGGUAAUGUCUACUUGUA